AUCCUCUUCGGGAGACUUGGCGAAGCAUGCGGCGGGCGGUGCACACUGCACAGAGCAGGAGCAGGUGGCGAAGGGUGUAUAUAAGGGGGGGACCUUGAACAUUUUUCCAGAUCAUACUUCUGCAAUCCUUUCACGUUUCGACUCGUCGUCGACUUCUUCAUCUUUCUUCAUCUCUACCUUCAAGUCUUUCACCACUUCCAUCCUCCCAUCGUAACACCACUGUAAUAUGGCUCUCGGACCCAUCCACUGCGGCUCUUUCCUGCUGCUAGCAGCGACCGUGCUCCUGCUAGUGUCGAGUAUAUCGGCCCCAGUAAUUCACAACAUCUCAUUCCUCGACAUCAAGCAGGGAUCUUCAUCGAAGGCUACGUUCGGUGUCUUUGGCUAUUGCUCAAACAUCAUCGGGUCAGACUCUUGCAGCGACCGUAAACUCGGCUACGACAUCGCCGACGUGACCGGCACCCUCACCAACUUUUCCUACGUCAACGACCACCUCGAAUCCCUCACCAAAGCCCUCAUCCUCCACCCCAUCGCCACCGGCAUCGCCUUCCUCUCCUUCCUCAUCGCCCUCGCCUCAGACCACAUCGGCUUCCUCUUCGCCGCCUUUGUUGCGUUCGUGGCGUUUGUGGUGUCGUUGGCGGCGAUGAUUAUCGACUUUGUGAUGUUUGGGGUGGUGAGGCAUCAGGUGAACGACAAUACGGAUGCUUCGGCGAGUUUCGGGACGGCGAUCUGGUUGACGCUGGCGGCUACUGUCGUUCUCUUCUUCUCCACCUUUAUCGUCUGCUUUAGCUGCUGCACGAACCGGACGAGGAGCAGGCGGGAUACCGAGUAUGCUCAGCCGCCUAUGGCGCAGAACGGGUUCGAGAGGAGGAGAUGGUGGAACAGGGGGCAGUAUAGGUAUUAGUCAGUGUUGCAGUUAUUUGCGUGUUGAGCCUGAAGCAUCUUGAUGUAUUAUAUUCUACAUGUAUGUUUGGGAAUGUCGGU